AUGACCCGUUAUUACCCCAUGGCAAGGGUGCUGGCAGCAGCACACCUGGAGCCGAGGUCUGCACAGGUGGUCCCCUGCUUCACCCAGCCCGGGCCCACCUUCUCCAUCAGGAUGCAGCUGCCCAGGCUCCUGGCAGUCUCCAACAUGCCACUGGUGAAGUCUGUGAGUGUAAGUCCCUGGCUGGUCGAGGACCAUUUUGAUACCACUGUCAAGAUGAGCACCCACCUUGUGGCCUUCAUGGUUUCGGAUUUUAAAUCCAUCAGCAGAACGACCCGUCGUGGAGUUAAGGUGCUGCCUCCCCUCUGCUCCAGGUCUCUGUACACGGUGCCACACAAGAUCAGCCGGGCUCACUAUGCCCUGGAUGCAGCAGUCAAGCUGCUGGACUUCUAUGAGGAUUACUUCAGCAUCCCAUAUCCUUCACCUAAACUAGAUUUAGCAUCUAUUCCUGAUUUUAAGUCUGGUGCUAUGGAGAACUGGGGACUGACCAUGUGCCGGGAAUCAGCCUUGUUGUAUGACCCUGAGAAGUCCUCAGCAUCUUCCAAACUGUGGAUCACCAGUGUAAUAGCUCAUGAGCUGGCUCAUCAGUGGUUUGGCAACCUGGUUACCAUGGAGUGGUGGAAUGACCUGUGGCUGAACGAAGGGUUUGCCAAGUUCAUGGAGUUCGUGUCAAUCAGUGUUACCCACCCAGAACUGGGAAUUGAAGACCAUUUCCUGAGUAGAUGUUUUGAUGCCACGGCUGUGGAUUCAUUGAAUUCAUCACAUCCUGUAUCUACCCCUGAGGAAGAUCCAGCUCAGAUUUUAGACAUAUUUGACAGUGUUUCUUAUGACAAGGGAUCCUGUGCAUUGAACAUGCUGAGGGACCACCUGAGUGUUGCAGGCCGGGCUCGUGCGGCACCUGCAGGAAUUACAGAUAACCAGAACACGAGGGAUGAGCACCUGUGGAACAGCAUGACCAAAAGGCUCAUCUAUUGUCUCUCUAAUGACCCGACCUUGGCCACCUGA